AUGGAUAGUGUUGGGGAAAACUGUGAUAAAAAGGUUGAGUCGCCUCAACCAAGUGGAGUUAAAAAAGAUAUUCCAGCUGGUUUGCAGAAGAUCUGUCUUGUGUGUGGGGACAGAGCGCUAGGUUACAACUUCAACGCGAUAUCGUGCGAGAGUUGUAAGGCGUUUUUUCGACGUAACGCGUUAACGAGUAAAGAAUUUAAAUGUCCAUUUACAAACAACUGUGAUAUAACAACAGUUACAAGGAGAUUUUGUCAAAAAUGCCGUUUAGAAAAAUGUUUCUCUGUGGGCAUGGUGAAAGAGUUCAUUAUGUCAGAUGAAGAUAAGGCAGAGAAACGGAGGAAAAUUGAAGAGAACCGUGCUAAGAAACGUGUUUCAACAGACCCUGAUGACAGUGUAUCUAGCUCUAAGAACUUCAAACGUGAUGAUGGGGUCACAAACUAUACACCGUUAGAAGCCGUAGUCCAAUAUGAUGUAUUAAACAGCACAUCAUGUAGUCCAAAUAGCACUGUACAAUCUCCUUUAAACAAUGACAUUGAUUCCUCACUGCAUACAUCGCCCUAUAAUCAGUAUCCUGUACAGAAUACUGAUAUCCCCUACCAAAUGAAAGUUUAUCCAAUAGAUGAAAAAGUGAUGAUGAACAGGGCAUUAUAUGAGCAACGAAUGAUGGAUCAAUAUGCAAUGUGUGAUAGUAUAGAUAAUAGUAUGUAUGGAGAGACACCGAAACAAAACAGUAUAAGGUAA